CCUGUACAAUGGUGUGACUUAUUCCUCCAAUUAUCCGGGCCAGAGGCUGUAAGUGGACGCAUGGUGUGUCUUGUUAUCUUGUGGCGCCGCUGAACAUUUCACGACAACAUGUACUCGGUUCAGGGCGGCGAGUAAGUCAGCACAAUGGAGAAUCACCAGAAGAGGACUCUAACUUUCCUUACCAUCGGAUUGAUAUUCAUGCUGAGCGGGAUAGAGUACGCCGUCAUUCUACCCACAAUAUGGAGGUAUCUGCAGAUUCUGGAGGCUCCACCUUACUUCUUAGGUCUGGGCCUGUCUGCCUUCAGCCUGAGCGCGCUGCUCACCGGUCCUCUUUUCGGAGUCUGGUCGGAUCGAAGCAAAACCACCAAAUCCAUCAUCCUGUUCUCCAACCUCUUUGAAAUCGCUGGUAACUUCAUGUAUUUUAUUGGCUAUUCAAAGUGGCUGUUAUUAUGCAGUCGGCUUGUAGCAGGUGUGGGUGCAGGAGCAGGCUCCUCCAUCUUUGGCUUCCUAACCCGGAGCACUCUGCCAGAGGAGCGCGCCGGUAUCUUCGCAGCCAUCAUGGCCUGUCGUCAGGCCGGCCUUCUCGUCGGCCCGGCGUUCAACUUGUUCCUGCGGCUGUGUGAUUUCAAACUGGGGCCCUUUGCUGUGAACAAGUACACGUCUCCUGGGAUCUUCAUGUGUCUGCUGUGGACGCUGGUUCAGUUCGUCGUCCUGGCCGGGUGCUGGGACGUACCGCCCAUAAGCUCGCAGGGGGGAGUCGUCCUGUUGGAGAUGAAACAAGAGGAGGAAGAGGAGGCGCCCCUGAUGGGGUCAGACGAGGAGGAGGCGCGUACCUACAGAGCCGUCGACUCCGACCAAUCGGAGACUUCGUUCGCGUCGCAGAGAGCCCAUGAAACCUCAAACCCUUUUAAAAACUUCAGCAUCAGCAACGAGUUCCUGAGAGAAGAAGUGGUUGUUCUCCUUACGGCUCAGUUCAUCACUCUAUUCAACCAGACAGCGCUGGAGACCAUGGUGACCCCUCUGACACAGCGCUACUUCAGCUUCGGCGAGCUGGGCAACAGCCUGAUGUACGGCCUGUGUGGGGUUGAGGUCAUCACGGGCUUCUUCUUCGUGCGCUGGCUGAGCAGCAGGGUUGCGGACCGUGUGGUGCUGGCCGCUGGCCUGGUCAUCUGCUCCACCGCCUGUAUCUGGUGCCUCGUUUUCAUCUGCAAGCCCCGAGGUGGAUUUGAGUGGCAGCUUUCAACUUUCAUAGUGGGAGUUUUCCUGCAGCUGCUGGGGCUUCCGUUCGUGGCUGUGUCUCAGGUGUCGCUCUUCUCCAAAGUCACUGCUGAGAAAACUCAAGGGUUCAGCCAAGGUGUCCGGCGCUCCGUCGGAGGCCUGGCUACCAUCUUGGGUCCUUUGUGGGCCGGAGGAUUGACCAACAACUUGUACAUAAUGCUGGGCCUGAUGCUGGCUCUGCUCGUCAUGAUCACAGUUAUGACAGUCCUGUCCUACGAGCGGCUGGCCGAGCCGAGGGUGGUGCAGUGUGCCCAGAGCGCCGACAGCGGAGGGUAGAGGGGAGAGGAGCGGGCCGAGACGGACCGGGGGCCGGGAAGGGGGGGGACGCCCUUCACUUCGGAGAGAAUAAAUCCAAGUUUCCUGAAGAGGAAAGCGCAUGAGCGCGGAAUAAAGACGAUCAAAAAGCUUUGCACACCGUCUCCCCCACCAGCCUGCAUUAGGAUGAACCGCAUUAUUCAUAUUACCACCAGAUAAUUAAUUACAUUUUACACAAGGGGGCACCAUUGCUCUCACGUUGAGUACUUACAGACAUAAUUGUAGAUGAAAGCUAUUAUUUUUAAGGAGAACUAUUUAUACUCCCCUGUGUAAGUGGGAAAAAAAAGCUGUUUUUUUUUCUUUCUUCCUUUCCUGUGCGACCUGUGUAUCAGAAAUGUGUUUUUUUUUCUCUUCCCCCUGUGAAGAGGAAAGCGCUCUCUAAAAAUGAAACGGUUGACACAAUGAGUGCAGAAAGUGGAGUUGUCAACAUCUCAGCGGCUUCGUGUCAAGAAAGCUGACAGGAGAAGAGGGUCAAAGACAGUGAUUCUUCACCGAUUUAUACCUUUCUUUUUUUUUUCCUAAAAAGAGGGGGGAAAAGCAGAACACACACACACACACCCAAAAAGACUUGCAUGUAAUUACACCAUGUUAUCUGAAUUCCUUCCUGUUCGGCUUGCACAAAUGAGACACUCAUGAAGUUUCAAAAAAAAAAAA